GUAUUUUAGUGAGCUGGUGCAGCAGUGUGAACACCACGGAGUAGCGGUAACGGUGAGUACUCGCUUCAUGCAGCAAGCACGACGACCAGAGUGAUAUAAUUUUCAUGUGACAGUGUUAACCUCCCCCCCCCCCCCAUUUUCCGUAUUGUUGUGGCCUAAGUGAUAGUUAACCAACCCUCCAAAAUGAACGGUCACCAUGACCGUGACGACGACGGUGAGGACCCCCGGGACAGAGGCAUGAUGUCCUUCGCGGCAGCUCUCUCAUUGAUCCCCCAGUUUAGCGGAGAAAAGGGUGUAAAAGUCAAGGAUUUCACUAAAGCAGUACAAAGCGCUGGGAAACUCGCGAAGUGUAAUGAUGAACAACUUGCCGAAGUAGCUAGGCUUAAAAUCACCGGGCUGGCCAGUGAGUUUAUUGACGCAAACCCCCAUCUCGAUGCAGCACCCUGGUCAUUUAUUAAAAAAGAGCUAGAAGCUAGAUUCCACGUAAAGUCAUCACCAGAAGAGUGCGGUGCGAAACUGCGCGCUUGCAAGCAGGAACCUAAGGAGACAGUCAGGGAAUACGAAACUCGUAUUCGUUUGUGGGGAUACAGGUCUCUAAAGCUAAAGGACAAUGACGAGGCAGGGAACAAGAUUAGAAAGGAAAUAUUGGAAGAGGAAAUGCUUUCGAUAUUUAAAAAAGGGUUAAGGAAGGAAAUAGGGCGACCAGUGAACUCUCUAAAUCCCAGUACGCUAGAACUAGCAGCCGAGCUGGCUGAGCGUGAGGAAGGCUUCGAGAAUGACUCGCAGGCCCCUCUAGUAGCAUCAGUUAAAAGAGUAGAGCCCCCAACCCCUGCACCCAGGUCUAGGCGAGACAACUACGACGAGCGUCGAUCGUACGAUCGAUCAAGGGACAAUUACAACGAGCGUAAUCGCUCUAGAGGAAGGGACGGGUCUAGGGAUCGCUACGGCUCCCGACACGACUCGCGAGAACGCCGAGAGUAUAGAGACAAUUAUUCUAGAGGGCGUAGCUACUCACGUGGGAGAGACUACGACCGCGACGGGUCCAGAGGUCGGUACGAGUCUAGGGGACGGGACGAAUCAAGAGGGCGUGACCGCUACUCUAAGGGCAGAGACGCGUCGAGAGGGCGUGAUCGUGACUCUAGGGGCAGAGAUGCGUCAAGAGGCCGUGACCGCGACUCGAGAAGCCGAGAUCAGUCUCGAGGGCGUGACCAAUCUAGAGGAAACAAUUACAGCCGCCGUGACAGUUCAUACAACAGGGACAGGUCGCAAUCAGCAAGGAGGGAAAACAAUAAGAGGAGUAACACUCCUUACAGUAGGGGCGCGCGGUCCGGGUCUAGAGGUGAACGCCUAUGCUAUGAGUGUUCCAGCCCAAACCACGUUAAGCGUGAUUGCCAAAUCGCAAAAGAAAAGGCCAGCAGGGGUGACAGGAAGGAAAACUCCCGCGGGGAGACCUACGGCCGCCAGUAGUGCCCUCCCCCAAACCACAGCUCGCAACUGCAAGUAAUGUGCCUGGCGCGCGCGCGGGUCUGAAAGCUAUUAGACUGCGUGCGCGCAAGGACAGGAAAGCAGACGGGUUAGUAUGCCGAAUGCAAGUAGGCGGUAAGCUCACAAAAAUAUUUUGUGAUAAUGGGGCUGCUAUAUCUCUUGUCAAGAGAUCUGCAGUCCCAAAAGACGCCCAUUGGAGGAUGGGCAACUACACGGCCGAGGGUAUAGGCGGCGCGCUCGUGAAACUUCUAGGUGACGCACUUAUUACGCUAGAGUGCGAAGGUUACGAGUUCGAUUUUAGAUUUUGGGUGUGUGAGGACGAAGGAGUUGCACUCCAGGAGGACGUCUUGCUGGGCCUUGAUUUUUUCAUGGCCUACCGCGCGUCGAUAAAUUGUAAAGACCUCACACUUGAAUUCCCGGAAUUUAAAACCCCUCUGAUACCAGUGUCCUCCACCUCAACGGGUGUGAGGGUAUUGUUCCCCGCUAGGCCGAUCCGUAGCAGGCCGGACGACAAACCGGCCAGCGCCACGCCCGGACCAGGACAAAGGCCGGGUGAGGCGUCGUUGACCGAGCCCAUUCACGGGCAAGGCGAGGGCCAACAGCCCAGAGGAACCCCUGGCGCUGCCCCGCUGCAAGCAGGGCGGGCUGGGGAACACAGCGCCGCGCCGCUGGACAGCGGGCGGGCUGCCGACGCCACCGCCGGGGAUGGCGGGCGGGUCGGAAAGGAAAAGGCCGGCGUGCCUCAGUUAGAAUGUUCAUUCCGGAUUGAACGAGGUGAGUACCCAGUCCUGCUAGCGGACAGGGUGACUAUAGCACCAAACUCGCGGGUUGCGGUUUGGGUGCGGCCCCAUAAAAAGGGCGGCGGUAGCUCUGGUCUCUACGUAGUGGAGCCGGGUACCGAGAGCAGGCCAGGCCUGCAUGUGGCAUUCUGCCUUGUCUCAGUGGAGAAAGGAGAGCCAUUUCGAGUCAUUCUUUGCAAUCUGACAAACGAACCAUUGCCAGUCGCCCGGAAUACUCUGCUUGGAUAUUUGGUCCAAGCGGCGGUGGACGAACACCCACCGCCUGGGGCAGCUCCCAUAAAUAAAUUUGGCGCACCACGCGCCAAAGAAACUAGGAGCACCUCGGGCCUGGACUUGCUCUCCAGGCCACGCUCGCUGUCUCCCGCAGGUAGGACACCUGAGGGUGGCAGCCGCGGCUCGGGCUCCCGCCCAGGGCGGGACACCUGCACCGCAGGCAGUGAGGGCGCUGGCCCCUGGCAGAGCCAGGGGAGCACCAGUGUCAUGCCACACCCGCCGUCCCCUGCUGAGUACAACACCGACAGGGACGGCCGCGGCGCGAGCCCCCACCUUUCGGGGCGGGACAGCUCGCACGCAGGCGUAAAGGGCAGAAACCCCUGGCAGGUAGGCCACCGGGCGCGAUCUGCCACGCCACCCCCGCCGUCGCCUCACGGGCUGCGCCCUGAGGAUCACGGCCGCAGGCCGGGCCCCCACCCAGAUGGGAGGGACAGCCCGGCUGCAGGUGAGCACUGCGGUGACGCACCGCGGGUAGGCGACCCGCGGGGCACCGCUGAGCCCGCAAACAAGUCAACGGGCGGCUGGCCGGCUGGCCAGCCGUCAGAAAGCAAGGUGAAACAAAUCAAUGAGGAAAAUCCACAUGCAACUCCUCCCCCAUCCCCCGCUGAAUUAUUAGCUAAGGCGAAGCUAGAUCAUCUCAGCAGCCCAACUCGAAAGGCGAUCGAGAAUUUAAUUACUGAGUUUGCCGACUGUUUUUCGCUCGGCUCGGAGCGAGUAGGUACUUUCCCGAUUCUCAAACACCAAAUACCCACUAAACCAGGAGUAGUAAUACGAAAAGCUAGCUACAAAAUCCCCUACGCGCAUCGUCAGAGUUUCCAGGAAGAAAUAGACCGUUUAUUGCGUCUAGGAAUUAUUGUGCGUAGCGAAAGUGAAUGGUCGAACCCAAUAUUGUUUCUGGUCAAGCAGCUGCCUU